AUGGUUCCACCCAAGAACUUCAACAAGGACGACGAUCUGCCAUCCGAUGGAAGGGAUGACGAGACCGACCCCAUGCCCACCGGUACCCAGAAGGUGCAGGUGACCACGAUGCCUCCUGCCGACGCCUUCCUUUCUCUCAUCCCCGAGACUGCUGGAGGAGGCAAUGCAAGCUCCGGUGCCAGCUCGACCCAGCCGCACCGGACCAAGCGGCCGAAUCUUGAGAUGCACGUGGUCGACCUUCGUGUCAUGAAGGUCUGCCGGGACUUGGAUGCUGGUAACGCUGUUGAUUCAUCGCCACGACCCCUGCCUUGGCCGGGCGAGCCUUCAGUCCAGUCUGAGGUGAAGAUGGUGGAGGCUAUGUCGACUUUCCUCAAGGAGUGGCUGGGCGAUAUGCCCGACCCCAGUGGCGGCACGGCCGAGGAGCAGGCUCGUCGUGAAGAGGUUCGCAAGCGCUACUACAAGAGGAUCGAGGAGAUCAAGAAGCGACUCGUCACCAGGCGAAACCAGCCGGGAUGGUGGAUCUGA